CCCGCUGUUGUCUUUGCGUGCCUGGUCUUUUUUCUGCCGCUGGUGCUUCCCGCUAUGCCUGAGCCGGCCAAGUCCGCUCCCGCGCCCAAGAAGGGCUCGAAGAAGGCGGUCACCAAGGCCCAGAAGAAGGAUGGCAAGAAGCGCAAGCGCAGCCGCAAGGAGAGCUACUCCAUCUACGUGUACAAGGUGCUGAAGCAAGUUCAUCCGGACACCGGCAUCUCGUCCAAGGCCAUGGGCAUCAUGAACUCCUUCGUCAACGACAUCUUCGAGCGCAUCGCGGGCGAGGCGUCGCGCCUGGCGCAUUACAACAAGCGCUCGACCAUCACGUCCCGCGAGAUCCAGACGGCCGUGCGCCUGCUGCUGCCCGGAGAGCUGGCCAAGCACGCCGUGUCCGAGGGCACCAAGGCCGUCACCAAGUACACCAGCUCCAAGUAGGCGCGGGCCCGCGGCCUUACUCCUGA